CUCACCCGAACAUCUUCAAAUCUUAUGCAACGCCAGGCUCGCGCAGCCCUCCAAGAGCUCGGCGAACUCGAUAUCAACCUCCAGAAUAAUACAAGAAGGCUUCAGCAUAUUAAGAAACAUAAUUAUCACCGUGGGAUAUGCUCAAAGGGUGGUGCUGAUGGGUAUCGCCACCGCGAAGGCGCACUCAAAAAGAUUGCCCCAUGGAUCAAUUCACUUAAAGAUCGUGGUAUACAGUGUAUAUUACUCGAAGAUGGAGCUCCUCCACACAAAUCCCGUAUCGCCAACGACUAUCUCAACGUACAAGGCAUUGAAAAAAUGGUGUGGCCUGGCCACUCUCCAGAUAUAAACGCAUCAGAGCAUGACUGGCCUUGGAUACGGCGACACGUAACGCUGCAGUUCACUCCUAGCUGUACAGCCGAAGAGUUUAAGAGCCAGUGGGAGAUAGAGUGGAAAAAUCUACCUAUUGAGAUGAUUAAUAGGUGGGUGAUGGGCGUGAUAGAGGUGGUGCGGCGGAUUAUCGCUCAUGAAGGAAAAAACGACUUCCACGGGUAGUCGCAACACAAAAAAAUCGGCCAGUAUAUAGUUUUACAUACAAUCAAAUAGCCUCACGAAUUUCAGCAAUUUUUUCCAUCG